AUGACUGUCGAAGCAGGAAGAAUGGAUGUGGCCUUAGUCAACUUUGAAAAUCUAGAGGAUAUAAACAGCAAUGUCGACGAGUUGGACGACCCAGACUAUCCUAACGAGAAGACAGCACUGACUGUUGAUAUGCCAGAAUGUGGACUGGCCACCAACCACAUGUGUACCCAAAGGAUUUCUCCCUACAAGGAGAAAUGCCAGCAGGCUCUUGGGGUGCCAGGGUCACCUACUUUACCUGCUCAAACUAGGAGAGGGCGUACAAGCUGUGCAAGCCUAAUAUCCAACUGGAAACUUUUACUAAACAGUGAAGGGACUCAGAGCGAGACCAUUUUCAGCAAAUUGGCCAAAGAAUGCUGUGAGGAUCUAUUUGUGGACAAGAGAGGCCUUGAUGAUGGUGAUCAGAAGAUCAUCAUCAACAUUGCCGGCCUACGUUUUGAGACACGGCUCAAAACAUUGGACCAGUUCCCUGACACUCUGUUGGGAGAUCCUUUAAAAAGGAUGGACUACUUUGAUCCAAUGAGGAAUGAAUAUUUCUUCGAUCGCAACCGUCCUAGCUUUGAUGGGAUCCUGUACUAUUACCAGUCAGGUGGAAAGAUUCGUAGACCUGCAAACGUUCCCUUGGACGUCUUCGCAGAUGAGAUCAUUUUCUAUGAGCUGGGGAACGAAGCCAUGGAGCAGUUCCGUGAGGAAGAAGGCUUCAUCAAAGAGGUUGAGGUUCCUCUGCCUUCCAAUGAGAUCUACAGACAAUUCUGGCUGCUUUUUGAGUAUCCUGAGAGCUCCAAUGCGGCUCGUGCCGUUGCUCUGGUUUCCAUCUUUGUGAUCACCAUCUCCAUUGUCAUCUUCUGCAUGGAGACUCUCCCUGAGUUCCGUGAAGACUUGGAGAUCUUUCCGACCAUGGGAAUGCCUUUCAACCAAACAAAUGAUGUAGGAUUCCCUUCACUUUCCCCACCUAGUGCCACCCCAAAGACCAUCACCUCCACCUUCUCAGACCCUUUCUUCAUCAUCGAGACAGCCUGCAUCAUCUGGUUCUUCUUUGAGCUCUGUGUCCGCUUCCUGGUGUGUCCAAGCAAGCGUGAGUUUUUCAAUAACAUCAUGAACAUAAUUGACAUCAUCUCCAUCAUCCCGUAUUUUGUCACCCUGGUGACCGAAAUGGUGACUGCAACCAAUAGCUCUACUAGCGGACAGAACAUGUCUCUGGCCAUAUUGAGAAUCAUAAGACUGGUGCGAGUCUUCAGGAUCUUUAAGCUCUCACGCCACUCCAAAGGUCUGCAGAUUUUGGGCCAGACACUAAAGGCUAGCAUGAGGGAACUUGGGCUGCUAAUCUUUUUCCUUUUCAUUGGAGUCAUCCUCUUCUCCAGCGCCAUCUACUUUGCUGAGGUAGACGAACCUAACACACAGUUUGUUAGCAUUCCUGAUGGAUUCUGGUGGGCUGUGGUGACCAUGACUACAGUAGGCUAUGGAGAUAUGUGUCCCAUCACGCUUGGUGGUAAAAUGGUUGGCACAUUGUGCGCCAUCGCUGGUGUAUUGACCAUCGCCUUGCCCGUACCCGUCAUCGUCUCAAACUUCAACUACUUCUACCACCGGGAGACAGAGCAGGAGGAAAAGCAGCCUCUAGCUGAGGCUUCUGAACAAGCCCAAAAAUCAGGAAGCACCACAAAGCACGGCAGUACCACUUCUCUGAACAAGGUGAACGGCAACUGGCAGAGUGACAAAUCAAAAUACUGA